CGCAUUCCUCACGGUUGAGACGCAGUUGAACAUUAAUCGUUUUAUACUAAACAACAAACAGACGCUUUGGUGAAUAUUUUGCGAAAAUACAUCAAAAUGAAAGUGAAAAAAGACCGUGGAGAAACAAAAACACUUAAAUUAACAAGUGUUCCUAAAUCUGGUGAAUCAUCUUUAAAGAAAGCGGUUUCUAACGUUAAAAAAAUUCUAAAGAAUGAUGAAGACAGCCAAGGUCUAGUAAAACCACUCAUAAAACCAAAAAAAGAAGCAAAUAUUAUUAAAAUUAAAGGAAUCAAAAAAUCCGAAAAAGUACCUGCUCAAUCUUCUGGAUCCAAGGGAUCAAACGAAAGAGGCAUCAUCUAUAUUGGCCACAUUCCACACGGAUUUUACGAACCACAGAUGAAGGAAUAUUUCUCACAAUUUGGAGUAGUAACAAAUGUUCGGGUAUCAAGAUCAAAAAUAACUGGUAAAUCUAAGGGAUACGGGUUUGUGGAAUUUGCACAUUCAGAAGUAGCAAAAAUAGCAGCUGAAUCAAUGAACAAUUAUUUAAUGUUCGGUCGACUAGUGAAGACAGAAUAUAUUCCCCCGGAAAAGCAACAUGAUAAAUACUUCAGCGGUCGAUCAUGGUCAUCAAAAAGUUACCCAAAAUUAUGGAACAGAAAAAAAGCUAUUAGAAGAAUAAAUUCAUUAUCAGAAACUGAUAAUAGUAAAGAUGAAUUUAAAAAAACUUUUAAUAGCCUAACGAAAUUAUCUAAAAAAUUAAAAGCGUCAGGAAUUAAUUAUAAUAUAAAAUUAGGCGCUAUGCAAAUUUAAGUUGUAAUUGUUUUUUUACUUCAUGUUAUUACAAAAUUAUUUGUAUUAUAA